AUGGCCGAAGCAGGAGCUCACUCCGAUUCAAUCAUUUUGACUUCUUUGACUGUGUCGACAAUCAGUGUACUCUAUCACCGACUAUCCUAUACAAUAAAAUUUUCAAUUUUAAAAUCUAAAGAAAAUGUAGAUGAUACAAUGACUCUACUAAUAAUAAAGCAAAAAGACAAAAACAUUAUUGGAAAGAGUGGUAAUAUAGUAGAGACAGUAAUAAAAACCACUACAACAAUUACAAACCUUAAAUCAUCAGAAUCACUGAUUGGCCAGGCUUUCGAAGGUGUUGAAGUAGAAGACAAAUCAAUGAGUAGAUCAUUAUCAAACUUAAUAUUACCAAAAUGUAUAGGUGAAUCUAACAUCAAUGAAAUAAAUAGAAAUGAUGGUUUCAUUUUAUAUAGAAAAUACAACCUUCAAGACUAUCAACAGUCAGAAAAACUACCAAGACAGGCUUUCUAUUUGAAUGGCAAAAUAGUUAUCACCUCUUUAUCAGUUUCAGAUCUACAUGCAUACUCAGUUGCAUUUUUUGUUAGAUUUAUUGAUGGAUACUUGGUAAAUAACCAAAUCAAUGGGAUGGCUCCAGGCGAGAGUAGAAUAUCUUUUGGAAACAAUAGUUUUACAGCAGAUAGUGCUUUAUCAAUAUUUCCAAUACCACCAAAUAAUUAUAGUACUAAACCGUUGGUCGUUGAAGUCAACCGAAAAUCUCAAAGUGUUAGAAUGUUCUUCCAAAAGUGUAGACUCUAUUUCAAUAAUCCGUAUAUUAACAUUGUCCUCGGUGUUCAUAUAUGGGAAAGACAACCGGCUGUAAAUGGAAGUUUUAAUGCAAUCUCAUUUUACUUUCAACGUUUUCCUAACGAUCCAAGAGUUGUUCGUUUAAUAUCGUUUGGUUCUGCACAAACCACCAGUAGAAGAGAGAACAAAUUUUUGAGAUAUAGUGGUCUUCAACAACAUGAUUUAGAGGGUAAUCUGCAGAACCAUCCAAACCCCGUCAUCGCCUCUGUUGCUCCUUAUAUUAUUUCUAUCCCAGCAGUGGACAUUUUUGGACCGGGACAUAUCUAUCAAAAUCUCCCAAACUUAGAUUUUGAUUUAUUCCAACUCAAAACAAUUAUUGAAGCUGUUCCAGAUUUCUCAAUUUAA